CACAAACCUGCAGAUCCUUCCAGCUGUUGUCACCUUCCAGCUGUUUUGCUCUCUUUGGAUGCCAUGGGGAACAGUUUCUCCAGUAUCCCGGCUCUGCCUCGCGGCAACCCCAGCAGGUUCCACAGAGUCCAUCAUCAGCAUCUCAAAGACUCCAUAGGUGGACCUUUUCCUUCUUCCUCUCACCGAUGCCACCACAAGCAAAAACACUGUUUGCCCAUCCCACAGUGUGGCACUCUCUCAAUCAGCCCACUGUUGUUCCAUCCACACACCAAGGGAUCGCAGAUCAUCAUGGACACCACACAGAAGGCGGUCAAGCGGCAGGCCAGCUUCUGCAACGCUAUUACCUUCAGCAACAGGCCAAUUGUUAUCUAUGAGCAAGUCAGGCUCAAGAUCACAAAGAAGCAAUGCUGCUGGAGCGGGGCUCUUCGACUUGGAUUUACUGCCAAGGAUCCUUCCAGGAUUAACCCAGAAACCUUGCCCAAAUAUGCAUGUCCAGAUUUGGUUUCUCAGAGUGGAUUCUGGGCCAAGGCCCUCCCAGAAGAGUUUGCCAAUGAAGGAAACAUCAUAGCGUUCUGGGUGGACAAAAAGGGACGUGUGUUUUAUCGAGUUAAUGACUCUGCUGCAAUGCUGUUCUUCAGCGGGGUGAGGACGACUGAACCCCUGUGGGCUCUGAUCGAUGUCUAUGGGCUCACGCGUGGGGUGCAGCUACUAGACAGUGAAAUUAUUCCUCCUGAUUGCCUCCGUCCAAGAUCCUUCACGGCUAUCCGCCGUCCCUCACUUCGCAGAGACACUGAGGACACCCGACUGUCUGUGAGCCUUUGCGAUCUCAACCUCCAGGAGGAGAACUUCCAUGUCAUGGCUGCCAUGUGUCCUAUCCCUCAGAACUCCCUCAACUCUCAACAUUCCCACCUUCUCCCAUCCCAGCUUGAAAGUGAUCUCCGUUUCCACCAGCUCAGGGGAGCUCAUAUCAAAAUCCUGGAUGACCAGACCGUGGCUCGUCUGGAGCAUGCUCGGGACGAGAGAACUUUGGUUUUUACUAGCAGGCCCCUUAGAAUCAAUGAGACUAUAUUUGUCAAAAUUAACAAAUCCAACACCUCACGUACUGGAACACUGUCCUAUGGGGUGACCACUUGUGAUCCUAGCACACUGAGGCCCAGUGACCUUCCUUAUAAUCCAGAGUCUUUAGUGGAUAGAAAAGAGUUCUGGGCAGUUUGUAGAGUGUUGGUGCCUCUCCAGAGUGGAGACAUUUUGGGUUUCGUGGUGAAUUCAGAAGGUGAACUGCAUUUGAGCCACAAUGGAGCAAGUGCCGGCAUGCAGGUCUGCGUGGACUGUUCCCAGCCACUGUGGAUGUUCUUCGGUUUACAUGGAGCAGUGAUGCAAAUCCGUGUUCUGGGUUCUACUCUUAUGGCUGAGCGACUGGGCCCAUCUGCACCAAGCUCACCCACUUCAUCUCCAAACUUGCCCUCCGUCCUUUGCAGUGGAGUUUCUGAUCCCAUUCUGAGUUCUUGUGGUUCUGGCCCGCUUGGCAGCUCAACUAGUGGCACCGCUCCCAACUCUCCAGUCAGCAUGCCAGACUCCCCCCUUUCCCCUUCCAUCUCAGGGUCCUGGAAUGACGAGUGCACCAUCUGCUAUGAGAACAUGGUGGACACCGUGAUUUACUCCUGUGGACAUAUGUGCCUGUGCUAUACAUGUGGGCUCAAACUCAAGAAGAUGACCAAUGCCUGUUGUCCAAUCUGCAGACGUGCCAUCAAGGACAUCAUCAAGACCUAUCGCAGCACCUAGAACAGCAUGCCAUAAAGGGGAGGGAGGGGCUGGGGAGAUCUG